AUGGAAUAUUUACAUCCAGCAUCUUUACCUUCAAGUAAAAGUGAAUUAUCAUUAUUCACUGUGCCACCUACCCAAGUGGCUAUUGAUUCUACUUAUGAAGUAGAGUAUAGACCUUCAGCGUCUUUAGAAAGCUCAAAAGUUCACACCAUUGAUGUACCUGCAUCUGAAGACUUUACUGAUUUAUCCCAAACAAUGGUCCAUAUAAAUCUCGAGAUUCUCGAUAAGGACGGAGCAAAAGUUACAACUAAUGUUAUAAAAGGCGCGCAAAACUUUGCUAAUGCUUUAUUUGAUCAAGUUGAUUUUUUUAUUGGGACUGUUAAUACAUCACAAGCUACAAAUAUGUACCAUUAUCAAUCUUUCAUUGAAGAUUUAUUGUUCCGUCAUCCAACAAAAGCUGAUGCUGGACGUUAUGAUUCUUCAGUUCAUCUUAAAAAUAACAUUGAUUUAUAUUUCAGAUUACAUCUUCCAAUGUGUCAACAAGACAAAUUACUGUUGAAUGGUACUCCUUUAUUAUUCAGAUUUACAAGAAGCAGAGAGAAAUUCCCAUUGAUACACAUAACUCAAGAUGAAUAUAAAAUAAAACUAACUCACUUAGCAUUACAUAUUAAGCGUGUAAAACUAUUUCCAGAUACACAAACGGGGAUAAUAUCAGCACUUAAAGAGUCUCCUGCGAAAUAUUUUAUUGUCAGAAAUGUUGUUAAAAGCUUUUCUCUGAAUAAAGGCAUGUCAACCGUCAAUAUUGAAAACAUUUUUUCAGGGAUUUUACCAAGAAGAGUAAUCAUUGGACUUGUUGAUGAAGCAACUUUUGCGGGUAAUAAUUAUAAAGAUCCCUUUUGGUUUGAACAUGGAAAUAUAACACAGAUUUCUUUAAAUGUUGACGGAAACUUACAUCCUUCAAUACCAUACCAACCAAAAUUUCCUGAUAAUUGUAUGCGUGAAUAUGUAAAUUUAUUCAGAUGUUUGGGACAAGAUGAAGGAAUCCCACAACUUGAUUUAGAUUUUGAAACCUACAAAGCAUCAAAAACUCUUUUCGGAUUUGAUUUAGGAGGCGGAUUAGGUGGUGAAACAGGAUCUUUAUCGUUAAUUAAAAGAGGAGCUGUUAGAUUAGAGCUACGAUUCGCAUCAGAAACAACAAGUUCAUAUAAGAUCAUUGUUUUCGGUCAAUUCGAUAAUCUGAUUACAAUUGAUAAAGAUCGAAUCGUUACACUCGAUUACUAA